AUGAGGAAACUGAGGAAUCCGUUCAACGUCAAGAAGUCUUUCCCUCGGAUGUCAUGGAACCCACAAAAUCUGUUCAACUUAUACCAACGAAGUUUCGGGCCGGAAAACAAAGAUACGAAUUUCUUGAGAUCGUCCAAGACAGUAUAUUGGCAGAAAUGGAGGUCGAAGGCGGUGACACGAGCCUAUCAUGGAGAUUGGAUCCAAGAAAAGAAGUUCAAGCGACACUAUCUGCCCGCCUCCCUGCCUGCGCUCGCCGUUAAAGCGUCGCUAAAGAAAUCUCGCUACGGAAAUCGAGAAGAGAAGGUGCCCUUGGCCGCACUGAUGUAUCAAGAACUCGAACGACGAUUGGAUGUUGCUAUCUUUCGAUCUUGUUUUGCUGAUAGUGUGUACGAGGCACGCCGGAUCGUCAUCCACGGAGCUGUCAAGCUGAACGGUGUUAAGUGUAACGCGCCAUGGACCCGGCUACACCCUGGAGAUAUGUUUACCAUCGACCCGAUGGCGAUUCCCAUGCUCAAUCCUGGAAAAACAUGGCCCGAGGGCCUUGGCGACUCGUACGUUGUGGAUCUAGACCAGAAGAAGAAGCCCACGCCCAAGAAAAUAGAGCCAAGCCCUCCUGCCGAGCAGAGUGAACCUGUCGAGGCCCUCUCAGCCAAUGAUGAAACAGCCGAGAAACCUACAACAUCCCAAGCAGAAAGCACAUCUGAAUCCUCCGAGGUGGUGCCGGAGGCCGACGAGGACGACCCGGUUGUCAACACAGAACCAUCCGAUGAAUCGAAAGAAACUAUCAAACCACCAACAAAAAAGCCCCACUUGACCUUUACCCUUCCGACAUACGCCUCGCCAUUCCUGUUUAUACCCCCAUAUCUCGAAGUCUCAUUCCGUCUCUGCACCUCGGUCUACCUUCGCCACCCGACCUCGGGGCCAGGCUACUGCGAGAUUCCGACGCCGUGGGAUGCCGAUGGGGAGGUGAUGAAGCUUGCCUGGGAAUGGUAUACCAAGCAAGGUCUGGGUCGACGCAUCAGACGGGAGCGCAAGGAGUGGGACGCAUUGCGAGAAAUGAAGCGAGAUCCUUUCGCCGAGGGCCAUCUCAGGAAACACGCCCUGGGAGGUCGGGUCGCUGUUCAUGGAAAAUACGAAGGCGGACGAGUCGGGACUGCUCGUCUUGGUAGUGCCGAACCCAGGCUGACUCCUUUUAAAUAG